AUGUUCGUUCCCACUAUACGAUACAAGCGAGUCAAUGAACCAGAGAAUGGCAAUGAAUCGAGCGUCAAUCAGCAACCUAUAGAGCAAGAGAAGCCAACCAGCACUCAACCUUUAUCAAGAGAAACAAAGCAGGAACAGCCACCACAGCCAGCAAAACAAGAGCCGGUCUCAGCCACGGUGUCCACUGAUGAAAAGAGUGAUGAUGUUGAUGAUGCCAAAAACGAACCAACAAUUGAAGUGGAUCCAUCUGACAACGAACGGAUAUUAUUGACUUUGAGUGAUGGGCGUAAAUACACAGCUGAUCGAUAUUGUCCACAUGCAGGAGCAGAUUUAAGCUACUUGGGCGAGAUAGCUGAAGACGAGUAUCCUCCAGAGAUUGGGCCUGUGCUGAUGUGCACUUUACAUUAUUGGGAAUUUGCAUUAGAGAAAGGGGGUCGUUCAGGAGGUGGGAUUUCUACUCUCAACAUUUGCCCUGUACCAUCUGAAUCUUGUCCUGUCAAAGAAAAUAAAGCAUUGCAAUGGUAA